GUGAUCUCUGAGCGGCUCUUCUCUAUUCCAUCUCCAAAGCCUAAAUCUGAAAACCGGAAGCUGAGACCAUCCACUCCCUCCACAGAGGACGAGUCUAAUCCGCAGCCCCUAGAGAUUGCCGCUUAUCUUUUGGAGGAAGCAGAAGACUCUGAUGGCACAGACUUUGCGGAUGACCCUCUGCUUCAGGUGCUGCGUGACCAGCGAGAGUCCCUGCGCUCCAGACUCCGGGAUGUGGAUUCCAGACUGACCGAACUGGAGAAGUGAGAACGGUGACUCCGGCCGCUCUCUGACCCCCAAGUAAUUUAUAUAUUCUAUGUAAGUCAGUGAGAAGCCAUGGGUGAUUUCUUAUUUUCCUAAUAAAAUUGUGGGACAAAUGUUGUUUGGGUUUUGAUU